AUGUCGCCUGCGUCAUUAAUAGGCGACUUUGCGGAGCCUUAGCCCUUACGGAUAGGAAGAUUUUUAUUGCUCAUUAUUCCGACGGUUUACAUUGUUUUAAUUGAGAGAAUUGGGAUUUUCUGAAAGAAAUAAGAUAGUUCAUAGGGUGCGUAUUUCCCUUCAAUAAAUAGUACAUCAGUGGAACAGUAUUAUACAGAUGAUGCCCUUAUACUUAAAGGUGUACGUGUAUGGUUUUACUUACUAGACCUAAACAAGUUCUCAUUUCAUAUUAAAAAGAAUGAUUUGAUUUAGGUUAAAUUUUCGAUUAAUAUACAUUUAUUUUUUUCGGCACUAUAUUUAACAAAGUUUCUUCACAAGUGGACGCGUAAGUGGUUUGGAUUUUCAUUUGUGAUGUCCAGUAGGCCAUACAAAAAAUGAGUGGGGGUCUGGCACCAAGUAAAACUACAGUUUAUGUCUCUAAUAUACCAUUUUCUCUCACAAAUAAUGACCUGCAUAAGAUUUUUACUAAAUAUGGAAAAGUUGUCAAAGUUACAAUUGUGAAGGAUAAGGUUACCCGAAAGAGUAAAGGGGUUGCUUUUGUCCUUUUCCUGGAUAAGGAGUCUGCACAGAAUUGUGCAAGGGCGCUAAACAACAAGCAGCUCUUUGGUAGAACAUUGAAAGCCAGCAUUGCAAUUGACAAUGGAAGAGCUACAGAAUUUAUAAGGAGACGCUAUUACACAGAUAAAUCCAGAUGCUUUGAAUGUGGUGAUACUGGUCAUUUAAGUUAUGCGUGCCCUAAAAAUAUGCUCGGUGAAAGAGAACCACCAAAAAAGAAAGAAAAGAAGAAAAAGAAGAAAAAAAUAGAAGAGGAAGAGGAGUUUGUGGAAGAAGAAAGUGAAGAUGAAGGUGAAGACCCAGCUCUUGACAGUCUCAGUCAAGCAAUUGCUUUUCAGCAAGCAAAAGUUGAAGAAGAAGAAUUUAAAGUCAAACAGCUUACAAAUCAACCAUCCACUUCAGGAUCCAGGCGGCCACGAAUUAAAAAGUGUGCUUAUUUUAGUGAUGAAGAAGAGCUGAGUGAUUAAAGUUCCUUGUCAUUGGAAUUUUGUGAUGCUCUGGACAUUCUUGGAUUGCUGACCUGAUGGGUAUUCCCAUAAUUGGUCCUUGUGAUUGCCUGCAACAUUCAACUCUUGUUGGACUCUAUAGUGUGUUGCAUGCCUAUCUCUGUCACAUAGGUAUACAUUAAGAUCCUGAUUUUUAGGUUUAUAAUGUUUUCAUUAUUAUCUUUUUAUUAAGCAUCUAUUUAUUCAUGUAUUUUUCAAAACCUUGUACCUUUUCCCCAACCUUGGCAGAGUAAGAUAUACAGUUUGUGCAGAUAUGGAAAUGUAAAAUAGAUGGUAUGUUUCUUUUUCUACAAUAUUUGUCUAUUUUGCUUUACUACAAUAGAAACCACUGGAUGAUAAAAAUUGUCUAUUUUCAAUUUCAGUUAUUCAAGCUACACAGAUGUUUUGCCUGUUUUCAUAUAAUAUAAAAAUAGUGGUAUUGUAUAUGGUUUCAGUUUUAAGUAUUUGUAAAUAUAUAACUUUUGUUUUAUAUUAGAAAUAUUGAUGUAUUUUUAUCAAUUGGCUUAAGCUGCAUAAUUAUGUAUAUUGAUGAAUGUACAAUAUAUGUAAAGCAAAGUUGUGACGCUUCAUUAGCAUUUUAUAAAGAUUAUCAGACUUGUUUGUCAUGAAGUUUUGAAAAACCUCUGUAUAUUAAAGAAUAGUUCAUUUUCUUUA